CUCCAGACAGACAAUGUGUGACCUAAGCUGUUUCAGCGUGCUGAUAACUGGUGCCAACCGUGGGCUGGGGUUGGAGUUUGUCAGGCAAUUGCUGCAAUUAUCCAAGCCUCCCCAAAUGUUGUUUGCAACCUGCAGGAAUCCCUCUAAAGCCCAGGAACUUCAAAAGCUCAAGGCUCAACACUCCAAUGUUCAGAUCCUCUCCUUGGAUGUGGAGAGUAUUAUUUCUAUCCAAGAGGCCUCAGUGUUUGUCAAGGACCAACUGAAGGGCUUAGGGCUGAACUUACUCAUCAACAAUGCUGGAAAUGCCAUUGCCAAUACCAUCUACUCUGAGUCAGAAGAAAGCAUGCACCUGCUGUACCAGAUUCAUGUUGUUGGUAACCUGAAGAUGAGCCAGAUAUUCCUGCCCUUGUUGAAGGAGGCUGCUCAAAGAGGCCCUCAGGAUAGUCUCAGCUGUAACCGGGCUGCUAUUAUCAACAUUUCUAGUUCUGCAGGUUCUAUAACAGAAGUUUUGGGCUGGGAAUAUGGUCAUUGUUUGUCCUAUCGCUGCAGUAAGGCUGCCCUGAACAUGCUCACCCGGUGCCAAGCUCUGGCCCUUAAAGAAGAAGGCAUCCUGUGCACUGCUCUUCACCCUGGCUGGGUUCAGACAGAUAUGGGCAAUUCUUCAGCUUUUGUGACUACUUUGAAGAAAGAAGAAUCGGUGCAAGGCAUGCUGAGGGUCCUCUCUACACUUUCGGAGGAGCAUUCAGGGGGUUUCUACAGUUGGGAGGGAAAGGCAUUGUCUUGGUGAAGUUACAGCAAGUUGGGAGGCCGUGAUAGAGAUCUAACUCCAGUUAUCAUCCAUGCCUUUCUAUC